ACGCGCUGUCCGCUGGCCCGCUGCGGUUUGUUGCUCCACCUACCACCGCCGGCCCCAAAAUCCCAAAUCCGUGGCACCGCCGGCGGCCGCACCCCCGGUUGCCCGCCCUUGACACCCAUCACUCGACCCCACCCGACCGCCCUCGCCGCCGCUCCACUCCACAAGGUGCUCCGCCCCAGCACCGGAUCCAACAAGCCAGCCUAGGCACUGCUGCUCGAGCCGACUGGCCCCGAGACCCGUGGAGGAGAAGAAAGCUGUGGUAGCAGCCAGUGUGAUGAAUGAUGUGGCGGCAUGAUCCGAACGGCUUCUUGUUCUUGUCCUUCCCGGGCGCUGCCACUGCCGCUCCUUGUUUGCAUCCUUCCUGCGCAAGAGCAAUGGAUACAUGGGUGAGGGGAGCUGUGCUUGACCAAAGGGUGUAAAAUCUGGAUCAUGUUUUGGACAAAUGCAUCGCUUAGAUCAACAAAUUAUACUGUGUUGAGAGUUUUUGUCCGAAGAAAAUACCCUUGCUGGAGAGCAAAUACAGCUGAACAUAUCUGUAACAGAUCCCUUGACCAAAAGGCUCACUUGACGAGACAAAGUGUUGUGUGUACAGCUAGAUUUUUUAAUUGACCUGACUCAUCCCACAGUUCCAACCAACCUUGAUUAACAAUAAUGUCCAAACUAUCUGUUUCCCAGCUGGAGCUGUCCUUAUCUUCAUUAGUCACAUCUCUGGGUACUCAAAAUAUGCAAUUCUACUGCAUUAGUAGCAUCACUUGGUAGCUGCUACGGCAUCGGCAUAGAAGCACAAGGAGAGAGGGAGGGGAGAGUAAGAGCGAUGGGGGAUCUUGUCGUCGGAUUGGCAAAGUCGGUGGUGGAGGGGGUUCUAACAAAGGCCCAGUCAGCUAUUGAGGAAGAGUCAAAGCUGCGUCAGAGUGCACAGAGGGACCUUGUGUUCAUCACAGGUGAAUUUGAGAUGAUGCACUCCUUUCUCAAUGUCGCCAAUGAAGAGCGUGCCAAGAACAACGUGGUUAGGACAUGGGUGAGGCAGGUCCGUGACCUAGCCUACGAUGUAGAGGAUUGCAUUGAAUUUGUUGUUCACUUGGAUAACCGGCCCCACUGGUGGCGCCGCUUCAUACCAUCAUGUAUGCCAGCAUCGGCACUACCCGUAGAUGCAGUGGUCGCCGAGAUAGAGAAGAUCAAGGUCAGGGUUGAGGAUGUGAGCAAGAGGAACUCACGUUACAGCCUCAUCAGUGACUCUGGAUCCAAGCCAGUAAUGCAGCAACAACCAGCUACCGGCCCUGCUAUUGGCACAACAACGCUUGACAUGUUUGUUGAGUCAAGGGACGCCACGAAAAAGCAGCAAGGCUUAGGGGAUAUCACACAGUUGAUCACUAAAGAAAACAUUGACCUUGGAGUGAUCUCGUUGUGGGGUACAGGUGGAGAUCUUGGUAAGACAUCCAUCAUAAGGAAAGCAUACCAGGAUCAAGAAAUCUGCGAAAACUUUGGAUGUCGAGGCUGGAUCAAGCUAACAUAUCCUUUCAAUCCACAUAAGUUCCUCCAGAGCUUGGUUACUCAGUUCUAUACGAAUUCCUGUCUGCAACAAGGAACUACUUUAGAUGUAGCUCAACUGAAGAGGAUGGUAGCAAAGCGAGGAAUAAUUGAAGAAUUCACGAAGCAAGUGGAUGGGAAGAGGUACCUACUCGUCCUGGAAAACAUGUGCACGAUGGGAGAGUGGGACGCUAUCAGGGCAUGCCUGCCUCACAGGAAUAAGGGCAACUGGAUUAUCGUGUCCACCGAGCACCAUGAAAUCGCAAGUUUGUGUGUUGGACAUUCAUACCAAGUGUUGGAGCUUAAACAGUAUUCAGCUGAGUACCCUGUAUGCGUCUUCUUCAAGGAGAGCAAGAAGACUGGAAGAGUAAUAUCUAGCAGUGGUGAAAUAUUAGAAGAUGAAAUGAGCCACAGGGGAGGCCUUACUUAUGGUAGGAUUCCCACCUCUAGAAAGGCUUUAGCCAGCAGUUGGAUGGAUCAGUCUACCCUUGUUGGACGUGAGUCACAAAUGAAUGAACUUCGUAAGUAUCAGACCACGGCCCGUUUCAAAGAUUGGCAAGUGAUGUCUGUGUGGGGAAUUGCUGGUGUUGGAAAAUCUGAUCUUGUCAAAAAUUUGUACUAUGAAAGGAUGCUUAAAGAGGACCCAAUGUUUGACAAGUAUGGUUGGGUCCACGUGUCCCAUCCAUUCAAUUUGAGGGACUUCUCUCGGAACUUACUUUUGGAUUUUCACUCAGAUGCCGUGGGAAUCAGAGACCCUAUUCAGGAGUGUCAUAAGCUUCUAAAAGAACAUCAGUGUCUUGUUGUUAUUGAUGAUCUACAGUCUGUGGAAGAAUGGGACUUAAUACGACCUGCACUUGUAUCUAGACAUUCCAAGAGUGUUAUCAUCGUCAUUACAACAGAUGAAAAAAUUGCCACGUAUUGUGCAGACGAUGAAGAGGUCGUGUUUAAUGUGAAAUGUCUAGAAGCUGAAGCAUCCUUUGAUCUCUUUAAAAAAGAGGUACAAAAGAAAAGCCAAACAUCCCCUCUGAUGAAUUCAAACAACAAGGAGCUAGAACAACUUAUUCUAAAAUGUGGGAGACUUCCUAAAGUGAUAGUUGCUGUAGCCAAAUUUUUGGCACCAAAGACAGUUACAUGUAUGGACAGCACAAAAACACUGAAUCACAGAUUUAUGCAGGAGCUUGAGAGCAACCCUGAGUUCAGUGUUCUGCAAGAUCUGUUUGCUUGGAUGCAUUCUUACUUCCGUGCUUGCCCGGAUUUUCUAAGGCCGUGUAUCUUCUAUAUGUCAAUCUUCCCUGGGUCCCAAAUCAUUCGUCGGAGGCGUUUAGUGAUGCGAUGGGUUGCAGAGGGCUACUCCAGGGAUACAAAAGACAUCACUGCAGAGGAGAAAGGAGAGAUGUUCUUCUCAAUGCUCGUCAAUCUAAGCAUGAUUCAGCCGCCAACAUGCAGGGUCAUCACCGACAUGAAAAUGGUCCUAUGUCAAGUUAGUGCUUUCUUCCAUGAAUACAUCAUUUCACGUCCAGUGGAAGAAAAUAUAAUAUUUGCACUCGAGGUCUUUGCACUGAAGGGGCGUUGCCUUCCAACUACCGGACGCACAGGACGGCACCUUGUAAUAGAGAGGUGCUGGGACAGGGAUAGGAUUGUGUUCGAGAGCAUUGACUUCUCGCGCCUGCGGUCUUUAACAGUGUUUGGGCAGUGGGAAUCAUUCUUCAUCUCUAAAAGUAUGAAGGUGCUUCGGGUUCUUGAUCUGGAGAAUGCCACAGGUGUGACAGAUAAAGACCUCGAGCAGAUGGUGAAGCUUCUUCCUCGCCUCAAGUUCCUAUCUUUGCGAGGAAGUACUGGUAUCUGCCACCUUCCGAGUUCAUUGGGUGAGCUGCGGCAGCUUGAGACUCUGGAUAUUAGGGGUACCUUCAUAGCAAAAUUGCCAGCAUCGAUUACCAAGCUAAAGAAGCUGCAGUACAUGCGUGCUGGUACAAUAUCCCUGGCAAAGGAAUCAUCAACAUCUUACUCUUCAGCGUCUAGGUUGCCAAACCUAUGCAAAUCUUGUAAACUAGUUGGUGUUGAGAUGCCAUCAGGGAUUGAUGAACUGACACCAUUGCACACGCUUGGUGUUGUCAAUGCUGGUAUUGGAGGGGGCAAGGCCACUCUAAAAGAGCUGAAGAAGAUUACCCAAUUGCGCAAGCUUGGAGUGUCCGGUGUCAACAAGAAAAAUAACAAGGAAUUCUGUGCUGCCAUCUCAUGUCAUGUCCGCCUGGAAUCCUUGUCAGUGUGGCUUAGCAAGGGAAAUCAAGGUUUGAAUGAAAUAUCGUCUCAGGAUAAGCCUCUGCAAAACCUUCAGAGCCUUAAGUUAUAUGGUCUUGGAAGUGAGGUGCCAGCUUGGAUGAAAGAUCUUCCCAAACUCACAAAGUUGGAUUUGCAUAUGACCAUAUCAGCAGAAGUUGACAUAAUUAAAGUCCUUGGGGAAAUAAAAGAACUAUGCACUCUACGUCUUUGUGUCAAGCCCCUUCAAGAUGGUGAUGGUAAGCUUGAUUUUUGUGUUUGGGUGAAUGGAAUACAGCAGCGCUGUUAUUUAAAUCUCAAGAUCCUCGAGAUUACUUGCAGUUCAAAGUUAAAUAUAUCCUUUGGAUCAGAAGCUAUGCAAAAUCUUGAGCUGCUGAGAGCUCGCUGCUGUAGUGGAUCGACAUUGAAGUUUAUGGAGAUAAAGAAUCUCUCUAAACAAAAACUCAAGGAAGUUCAGCUUAUUGGUUCCCAUGACACUGCACUCAAGGAUGACAUGGAGAAGCAACUGAAGGAACAUCCAAGGAAACCUCCUUUGAAGCUGGAGGAACCGGAAGGAUGCUGAUCUCAGUAUUUAGCAAUAGUAUUAUUGGCGCUAAUCCUAUGUGAAACAUCUUACUCUGCUUCAUUUCUUAUCACUAGGAGAAGCAACUGAAGGAACAUCUUACUCUGCUUCAUUCAAGAUGUCAUGAUAAUUGGCGCUAUCCUAUGUGAAACAUCCCUAGGAGAAGACAUUCAGUUCAUUUACUCCGUACAUCAAACGCCGAGCUUCAGCUUAUGUAACUCCAUAAAGGAUGUUCACUUGUGUGCAUGUUUAUGGAUUUGACUUAUGCGUUGAUGUAGUAAUCGUUUUGUAAUUUUGUGUUAGAGUAAUGUUAGGGUUUUGAGGUUAGCCCCUUGUAAUUACUGUCACACCCUUAGAGCUGAUUUGGUGACCGGGGAUCCCGAGGGAAAGAAAUCCUCUUGCUAUUCAAAAUUGAAUUGCAAGGGAAUUCCUCCCCCAUGGAUCCCCUAGGGAUCCCUAAUCACCAAAUCAGUCCUUAUGUAAUGGAUUAGGCCCAAUAUAUAUAUAUAUAUAUAUAUAUAUCAGUCUCAAUCCUAAUUAGGAUUAGGGUUUUAUUCUACAACUUGGUACUAGAGCCGUUACUUGCGAGA